AUGUUGAUUAAUUGUGGCAAAAAGACAAAUGAAGAGUCAAAAGUUACAGAGACUCAAUAACCUACUUAGGAUCCAAUGAGACGUACCGGAACUCAUCUAGUUGAUGGGGCUUAUAGAAUUGUCUUCAAUAAUGAGAAUUAGCCAACUUUCCACAAUAGAACGAAUAUUAGAGAUAGAAGUAUAGAUAAUGUACAUGGUGAUGCAGGAUUCGUUCCUGGAAGAACUAAUGGGUUCGGCCCAACUAUGAAUACGAAUUAACCUGGUGUUUUUAGGACUCCAGGUCCUAGCAAAACUACAAAGCUAGACUCUAACUAUAACAGCGCAAAUUAAGCGAAUGAAAAUAGAAAUAUUAAUUCUAGAAUGAGACCGCCAUCUGGUAUGAAUGCAAGCUUGAAUAAUCAAAACAGAGCAGGGGGAACUGGACCUCAAAUGUUCUCAUAGACAGCAACUAAUUCUUAAAAUCUUCCAAGGAUUGACUCAAGAAUUGGCUAGAGAGCAAGUUAACCCUCAUAAUAAAAUGGCAGGCCACCAAGUGGCAUGUUUUAAAGAUAAAAUAUCUCCAGAGGAUAGGAAAGGGGUGAAAAUAUUAGACCAUAGUAAAAUACGUAAUAACCUUCAUCCAAUGAAUACGGAUCCUCUCCAUUUAGCUCAACAUAUCCAUUUAAUUAAAGAUAAUCCUAAUAAAUUCCAAAUCCAAAUCCAACUUAAUAAUCUAACAAUAGUAGUUCUGGGCCUUAUCAACAGCCGUAGUAACAAUAAUAGUAAUAAUAAAGAGAACCUAGAAUGCAAUCUCAGGGUCAAAGAUAAAAUCCUCACCAAUAAACAGGCUCAGCAAACAUUAAUUUGCCUGGAGGUUUGAGAGCUAGAUCAACUACAUAUAGAACUGACAACGGUAAUUUAGUCCAUCUGAUACACUUCGGCUUACCUGUGGAUGGAGCUUCAGGGUCAACCACUACCAAUAUAAAUUUCGGAUCUAGUGGAGGAGCUGGCUUUAAUCCUUAAAUGUUUUUCUAAAGAAGAAAUGGACCUGAAUAACCUGGAUAAGCCAAUAUACCUGACAUGGGUGGAAUCGAGAACAUGCUAAAUAACAUACUAAGAAAUUUCUAAGAUAUCUUUUCUGGUCAUCAGUUCUUAAGGAUGAACUCAUUGUUCUAGGGAUUCUCGCCAGAUUAAUUCAUGUCAAAUUAUAAUAGUAACUUUUUCUCAGAAGGUGAUUUCAUGGAGAUGGCUCGUAGGAUGAGUGAAAGAGAAGCUGCUGAAUAAGCAAAGAGGCGAAGAGCUAAAUAAGAGAGCGUAUAAAAGUUGCCAGUUGUUAAAAUAGAAAAUAAGCAUUGCAAAAAAGGAGCUGGUGGAGCUUUAGAGGCACCUACUUGCACAGUCUGCUGUGAAACUAUCAAUGUUGGCUUAAAAGGCAUGUUUAUGCCUUGUGGACACAUCUAUCACCCAGACUGUUUGAACCCAUGGCUAAAGGAGCAUAACACUUGCCCAGUGUGUAGAUUUGAAUUACCGACCGAGGAGUAGUGA